CCUCUGUGGGAGGAGGAUGUUGUCGGGGCAACCAGGAAGGGAGGGUGUAGGGCAAGACUCAUCUACCCGGAACUGAGUGAAACAAAACUGGCCUGGUUUUAAAGUCUUAAAGGCUUCUCUUUCUUGAGCUCAGAGGACCCGAGUCCAGAUCACCAGCCUCUUCAUCCCCAGGACCCAGACACCCAGUACCCACCUCCAUGGAGCUCUGUCGGUCCCUGGCCCUACUCACUGGCUCCCUGGGCCUGGUGUCCAUCCUGAUUGCUCUGAGCACGGAUUUCUGGUUUGUGGCUGAGGGGCCCAGGUUUUCAUUUCACUCGGGGCUCUGGCCAAAGGAGUUUCACACCGAGGUACCAGACUACCUCCGUGCGACGCAGAGCCUCAGCAUUCUGGCCACCCUGUGGGGACUGGUGUCGGUGAUCUUCCUGAUCGUGUCCUGCAUCCCCUCACUGUCCACUCGAGGCUACGGGCCCCUCGUCUCUUCUACCAUGGCUUUUGCUGCAGGUAGACUCCGGGCUGCACUUGGGCUCUGGGGACCGGUGGGUUCCCGCAGCGGGCCUGAGCCCUCUCUCUCGUCUUCAUCCCCAGCCAUUUUUGCAGUGGUAGCCAUGGUGGUCUACACCAGCGAGCGGUGGAACCAGCCUCAACACCCCCAGAUCCAGACCUUCUUCUCCUGGUCCUUCUACCUGGGCUGGGUUUCAGCUGUCCUCUUGCUCUGUGCAGGUAGCCUGAGUCUGGGGGCUUACUGUAGUGGCCCCCGGCCUGGCUAUGAUGCCUUGUGAGCCGGAGGCGAGACAGGCAGGAUGAAGCACUAUCCGCGGAAGACCUCAUCAGGAGCCGCAGGCCCCCGCAGCCCUCCCUCUAGCCCUUACCCCCAGCCCUCCCGCAACCCCUCCAUUUGUUUCUUCAUCCAUUCAACAAAAAUUUGCCGGGA